AUGUCCCUACCAUUCAUGUCGCCGGCAUUUCAACUGGGCCCCGAGCAGCUUCGCUCUUGCCUCUCGACCAUCCACACACCGGCUAGCUCAUCCUCCUCAUCUCCACCUGCCUUCUCAAUCGAGGCCCUCCUAUCCUCCCCUCGGUUACCGAUGCCAUUUUCCGGGCUUCCCCUCGACCUCUUCCACGCGACCGCCUGGCCGUCGGCGUAUCCCUUUUUCCCCAGCCAACUCCUUUCCGGCGGCUUCUUCCCCCCGUUUUUGCCGACAUUCCUCGGCGGAAAGCGGAAGCGCCGCCACCGCACCAUCUUCAGCGAGGAGCAGCUGCAGAUCCUGGAGCGAACAUUCACCCAAACGCACUACCCGGACGUCGCCAUGAGGGAGAAGCUAGCCGUGGAGUGCGAGCUGAAGGAGGAGCGGGUCGAGGUGUGGUUCAAGAACCGGCGAGCCAAGGAGCGGAAGCAGAAGAGGGAAGUAACCAAGCAGCCGGGAGCCACCAAGAAUUCCGCUUCGGAUGAAAGCGACCUCGAGAUGUCAGCCGACGAGGACGACACCAAGCCAAAGCGGAAGCGCGUCAAAACCGAUGCCGACCCCCCAUCUAGUCCCCUACCCGCACCAAAGCAGCUCGAGAUC